AAUAAUUGUCUCUGUAUUCGUCUCCGUUUGCUUACCUUAAACACACCGCCACCUAGGCCCCAAACAAGUUCAUCUCUAAAGCACACGCGACUAAACCAAGAACCUGCUUACCUGUUCCUCGUUCUUGUCGCUAUCCAUUUCUUUCAAUUCCACAGAGAACAUAUACCGCUUUCCACAACUCGCGGCAACCUCCUCCUCCUUCUCUCUUCCUAUUUACUAGCUCAUGUGGUGAACUAGCAAGUUGCAAUCACUCUACCACAGCGACCCUUGUCACCAAUUAAGAAAGUACUAGCGGUCCAGAGACAGACGCGAUGGCGACGAUGCCGCCGAUGCAGAUGCCGCCUCCACCGCCCUCCGGUGACAUGCCGCCCAUGCCGAUGCCGCCUAUGGACAGCAGCAUGCCCACGAUGCAUGCGGCCUUCUUCUGGGGCCACCGGGUGCAGGUGCUCUUCUCCAACUGGCCGGGCGACGACCGCGCCGGCGCCGGGAUGUACGUCCUCUGCCUCCUCGUGGUGGCCGCGCUCGCCGCGCUCGCCGAGGUGCUCGCGGCAUGGUCCCGCGCCCUCUCCGGCCGUGGCUCCAACGCGCUGGGGUGGACGCUGCAGGUCACGUGGAUCCACCUGCUGAAGGUGGGCCUCUCCUACCUGGCGAUGCUGGCCAUCAUGUCCUUCAACGGCGGGGUUUUCUUGGCCGUCGUGGCUGGCCACGCCGCCGGGUUCCUCGUUGCGCAGAGAUCGAUGCUACUACGCUCUGCGGUCCGUGACGACGACGUGCACACCAACGGUAACGGUGAUGUCCCUUCGUCGUCAGAACCAAAGCCUUGAGUCUCUUCUCGAUGAUUAUUAGGAAACGAAAUUAUUGCUGUGUGUUAAACGGAGAAGUAGUAUGAGAAAUAGAACGUUGCGCCUGUCAUUUGCGGAGGAAAAUUGAAUGCGUUUGUGCCAUCGGGGUCAACCUAGUUUGAUGAAUUUUUGAAACGAAUUAAAAGAUUA